UGAAAGCGACCGGGUAUUCGAUGCGCUCAGCAGUCGACAAAAUGGCGUUGUUGUGGAUGGUGGUGUCGUUCGCGUUCUCUCUGUUCCUGAUGCCAUGCCUCAUGUUAGUGCUGGGAAUCAUAUUCCUCGCGUCCAUCGGCAAAUCUCUCGGCGUUCGUCGGCUGUACAUCAAGCUGCUGUUGGCGCUGUUCGAGUACGGUAGACAAAACAUAGAAAACGUGAAGAAGAGGAACGGUACUUGGGACUCGGACGAGGAUUUUAACGUAGAAGAGGAAUGCGAAUCACCGACGAUUCCCCUAAAAAAUUCAACGGUAACAGCGUCCAAGAUGCAAAAUGGGUCUCUAGGCAAUACCGUUAUAGCUAGGUCAAAGGACCUAAUUUUAGUGCCCGAACCAGAAGCACAAAAUCACAAGAAUCACAUUAAUGAGUCGAAGCUUGAAAACAAUUGCGAGGUGUCAACGAUCAAUAAUAAAGAGGAUAGCCUUAGAAAGAAUUCCUUCGAGGUACUCAAAACUGGAUUUGAACCGGCAAGCUUAGAUUACAUCAAAUCCGGCGUUGAAGCUAUUAUAGAAGAUGAGGUGACAUCACGUUUCGAAGCAGAAGAACUUAAGAACUGGAAUCUGUUAACUCGAACAAACAGAUACUACGAAUUUAUUUCCUGGAAGUUAACUAUCAUAUGGAUGUUCGGAUUUGUCAUGCGUUACUGCUUCCUUCUACCCCUAAGGGUAUCCAUUUGUUUUAUUGGGGUACUGUAUCUUGUAAUCGUAACCUUUUUAAUCGGCUUCCUACCAAAUGGCCGCGUAAAACGUUGGGCGAACAACCAAGGCAACCUUAUCGCAUUCAGGAUAAUGUCCCGUUCUAUAUCAAGUUUAAUCACAGUGCACAAUCCGGAGUAUAAACCAAAGAACGGAGGGGUGUGUGUGGUAAAUCACACAUCCACUCUCGACGUCUGCAUCUUAUCCACACAAACGACAUUCUCUUUGGUGAUGUGGCUGACAGUGUGUACUGCAGUAGUGGGCUACGUUCCCGAGGGUAGCUUCAAGCGGUGGCUGAACUACAAAGUCUCCAUAGUGUGCUUUACUUUCUUAUCCAGUGCUCUGUCUUCAGUUAUCACCUAUCACAAUCCAGAGAAUCGACCUGUCAGAGGCAUAUGUGUAGCUAAUCACACAUCUCCUAUUGACGUGCUCGUGCUCAUGUGUGACAAUUGUUAUUCCUUGAUAGGUCAAAGGCACGGUGGUUUCUUGGGAAUAUUACAAAGAGCUCUUGCCCGUGCCUCUCCGCACAUAUGGUUUGAGCGUUCCGAGGUUAAAGAUAGGGAAGCAGUGGCGAAAAGGCUAAAGCAACAUGUAUCAGAUCUCGCGAACCCACCAAUACUCAUAUUUCCGGAGGGUACAUGUAUCAAUAAUACAUCGGUUAUGCAAUUCAAAAAAGGCAGUUUCGAAGUGGACAGCGUGAUCUAUCCUGUGGCUAUAAAGUACGAUCCGAGAUUCGGGGAUGCCUUUUGGAACAGUAGCCGAUAUUCCAUGCUACAAUAUUUAUACAUGAUGAUGUCGAGCUGGGCGAUAGUCUGUGAUGUGUGGUAUCUCCCUCCAAUGUACAAGAACGAAGGAGAGAGUGCCAUCGAUUUUGCGAAUCGAGUGAAAUCUGUGAUAGCGCGGCAAGGUGGCCUUGUUGAUUUGCAGUGGGACGGUCAACUGAAAAGGAUGAAACCGAAGAAGGAAUGGAGGGAAAAGCAACAGGAAGAAUUCAGUAAACGACUGAAGGUCGAAUAAAUAGAUCCAUCGUUUCUAGUCAACUUCACGAUGCACAUGUUGCGUGAUAUUAUUUGUUUAAAUUAGACCAUUUCAUCCGAAUUGGCUAUUCUUCACACAUUGUUUUCGCAUAUACCGUUACAAAAGAAAUUUAUGUCCCCCAGCCUCUGCAUCAUUUAGCAUUUUACAUAUAGAUAUUCCCUAGCAAAUAUAAGAACUCUUGCACUUCUUUACGAUGUUUCUCUAAAUACAAACAUUUAACGAAUGUAUAAUAAUUCUAACAUAAUAUUGUGCUGAGUGCUCCACAUUUGCACUGCGACUUGUAAUGUAAUUUUUAAACGCGUAUUCCAUGGGAAUAUACGUUUAUAUCUUCUAUCAUAAAAAAAAAAUCAAGCAUUCAUCUGGAGAAGUGCAAGGGUUACAUUUGCCAAUUUUAUAAUAAGGUUCGAUGAUCGUACAGGCAUUACGAAUUUAUUAUUUAUAUGCGAAAUGUGUAAUAUGUUAAAGUGUGUGAUAGUUUUUUGCAUGUAUGAGUGUGUAUAUAGUAUUUUGAACAUCUCUCCGAUUAUUCAUACAUAUAUAGUAAUUAUACUCGACGAAUAAAAAAUUGAAUAAUUGAGACAGUGCAUUAAUUUUCCCUUACUGAGGAAAACAGUAAGGGAAAAGAUCAUCUAAUUUCUGCUGUAGAGCUAAAGAAAGAAUAAAUAUUUAUUCAUUUUUCUGAAGAGGAGACUAAACGCAAUGGCAAUUCGACAUUUCAGAUCUAUUCUUUAGGAACCAUUGUACGCGCGUGUUGCGUUAUGUUAUUUUUCUAUUAAAAUGGAAUAGUAUCUCGAUAUAUUUUCUACUUUUGUAUUUUACAUAUGUAGAAUAAACGUGAAUUUUAGCGCUCUAUAUUGCCGUAUAGCGAUGCAUGUCGAUAUAACAGUUGAUAUAAUAACAAAUAUAAAAUUGACACAAAUAAAGACACUAAUCUGUAUAUUAACUGUAUCUAUGAAUUCGAUUGAAAAAAACCAUAUAAGAAUAUACGCGAAAGAACAGAUGUAUAAAUAUCAAAAAAGAGGUAUUUUCUCAUACUUCCAACCAAAGUUAAAUAGCAAGUUUUAACAAGCGCUAUUUUACUAUUGAUGGCAUUAAUGUAAUCGUUAGAAUAUUACCUGUCAUUAACAUUGACAUAAAGCGUCUAUUAUGGAUUGAUGUUAUUUGUUAUACUUUCAUAUAAUUCGGCCUAUUUCUUGUUAAUUAGGAGAUUAGACAUUUAUAGCCAAUUUCACUAACGUUAAUUAAUUUUAACCAGUAAUUUAAAUACAUAUAUAUUACCUUUUUCUAGAUUAUAAUCAUACUGAUUAUAAUAUAAUCGGAGAUUUAGUUAGUUACAGUUAGUGUCCGCCUUUAGUAAGACCACUUAUUAACUAAACGUAUCGAUGUUCUUAUCCGUAUUUUUAUGGAAGAAUAUUCAAUCUCUUCAGCCAUUUUUAAAGCAUUUUUCAAGAAUUCUUGAUAACAUGGAGAAAGAAUGAAUAUUAAAAUUAAGAAUAUAAAAUAUUAAUAUAAUACUGUAUUAUAUAAACGAUAAGUUUGGAUUAAUUAAGUGAAUGUAUGAAUAAUGAACUUUUAUGAAGAAAGUAAAUUACAGAGAACUGAAUUACUUCCCAAAUUUAUCUCUCAUAA